GGAACGGGGGAGGUCCCUGUUUGUUGCUUCUCACAACCACAAUCUCAUCGCUCAUGAACGUAGCACGAUGUACACAUAGACAAAGGUUCCGUCAAGUGAAGGCAAGCAGCAGCGCAUAGUAUCGCGUGUGCGGUGUAUCGAUGUGUGUGUAUGCAUUCGCCGCGAUUACGAGCGGCGACGUUUUCGUCUCAGUGACGGGGUGGAAAAAAGCGCGCGCGUUCCUUCCGCGAUGUUGCCCGCGGCCGUACUUGGUGAUGAGCUACGCCCCUAAGCUCGCCACCGUACACGAUAGCAGUGACGAGUGCGUCUCUUUUUGUGUAAAAUACUUUGUUUGUGGAAGCUUUACUUGAGCUCCCUGGUAACCUGCACGUUCUUCCUAAGGCAGAUCAUCUCUACGGCACAGUGUUAACAAGAUGGCGGUCGACCGCAUCCACUCUCGGGUCAUAUAGCUUGUUUAUUUUGCCGAGUUUUUCACCGGAAUCCCACAGCUCGAUCGCUCUGCCCAGAAAACGUAGCCUCGUUUGUUCGCGUAGCCAAGCCGAACAUUUAAACUGCACGUUCCAGUGAAUAAGAUAGUCACGUGCUAACACAGUGCGAACGACUGCAGCUUCGGCGGGAUAUUUUACGCGGGAACACAGCAAGCAAGUCUAAGCAGUAAGCACAGUUGAUCUACCUAGCCGAGAACACAACUCAUGCUGGCACAGUAAAAUAUAGGCCACAGCUUCGAUAGUCUUCCUUCCCAUCACUAUUAAGCCUUCCUGGCCUAUACAUUGCAGAACGUACAUUUAAUCUGUAUUUUCUGCUUCUUGUUUAUCUUGAUUACAUUACCGUUUGAUCAACUUCACUGGCGAUAAGUCCUCCAAAUCAAACUCAGCUGUUUGUGGAAGUAAUGUAAAUAUUUCCAUUGUGUACUGCGUACUUGAAAAAACUGAAGAUAGGAAGUUCUAUAGUUACAUUUCAUGAGAAACAAUUUGUAACAUGUUUUCCAUCUUUUUAAAGCGUGGGUACUGAAUUUUUGUUGGAAAUCUAAGUCAGUAAUGACGAUGUACAUCUGAUCAAAAAACAAUCAUGUCUAGUUCAUUUGUUGUUGAACCCCAAGAGGGUAGUUCUAAAAAAGAUGAUACUCUUAUUUUGAUGGUGAAUGACAAUGGUGUAAUUUCUGUAGAUCAAGAUACUUUGCAAAGUCUCAUUCUUAACCAAUCUAAUGCUGCAGUAAGUGUUGUGAGGUUAGGUCAAACAGGCAAUGAUGCUUCAGAAGGAAAUAUAACUUUGACGGUUGAUCCUCCUUCCUUUGUUACAUCUGGAACAAGUGUUUCAAAUAACCCUGAUUCAACUGCAUUAGUUGAUCCUUUCAUGGAAAUGGAUCCAGAAUCAUUAGAAAGAUUAGAAACAGCAUUACAAAGUGAAGAAGCUAAACAAAUUCUUGGUGAGAAUGUAACAGCUAUGCUCGAUAUGUUAACAGUAGAAGAACAACAAAAUAAUUUACGAUAUAGUAUAGAACUAGAUCAUUGCUAUACUAGUAGGUCGUCUCUUACACAAUCAAAAGCUACAGAAUCUUUGCCUGAUAUAAAUUUAUCAGACGUGGAUGAAUCAGCAUGUGUAGAUGUUAAUAAAUCUACUAAUGCAUCUCAGAUGAUAUCAUUAUCUUCCAGUAAUAAUAAUGUUACAACUGUAUUAGCCAAGCAAAAGGUAACACCAACACCACCAAAAAUAGUGAAACAACCUGGUCCGGUUGGUGGUAGACCACGAAGAUCUUCCGAUGCAAUCCAACAAGUUGUGUCUCCAAAAACAUCUAUGAAUACAAAUACACGCAUGUUGAAUAUGCAACAGGAAAAACUUAAUACUAAAGAUGAAGAAGUAGGAGGUGGUGAUGAAAUUUUUUCAUCAACGGAUUCUUCCGCAUCCGAAGAAACUGAUAGCGAUAGUGAUUUCGGUCCUAGAUCUUCUAGACGUGGAGUACGAUCUAGAGGAGGACGAAAAGGACUCACAACAAGAGGAGGAAGCAUGACUGCUUCACGUAGACGAGGAUCUAACAAAUACAUGGACAGUGAACAAGUACGUCGUUUGGAUAUUGAAAUGGCUGCUGCUGUUAGUGCAAUGAAAAGCCGAGAGAAAGAGGAUAAAUCAGAAAAACAUAGCCCUGGUAGGAUUAAAAAACUUUCAAAAACAUUUGGUGUUAAAAAGAAAGAAGUCUCUCCUACUGUUACUUCGGUUAAUGAGCCAUCACACAUAGAAAUUAAUGUAUUGCAAACAACAAAUCAAGUUAAAGCAAAUCUUAUAAAUGCUAAUAUGUUCAAAGGAGAUAUGAUCCUCACGAAACCUGGGCAAGAUCGUAAUAAUCAAAAAGUUGUAUUUGUUCAUAAACAAAUAGCAAUGAAUCCUAAUGAGAUCAAAGCUCUUGGUCUUAAAAAACAAGUUAUGAUUCCAAAAAGUAAGCUUAUCACUUCUCAAAGUUCUAAAGUUCCUAUAAUCAAAGAUAUCCAGAUUAUAUCUGCUGGAAAUCCAGCUAUUAUAAAAAAUGCCUUAGUGCAGCAGCAGCCAAUGAUUGUGCACCAGAAUGUCACUACUCAAGCAGCAGAUCAACCAAAUGAAACAGCUCAACGUUCUGUGCAAUCACAAAAAGGAAUACCAAUGGUUUUGAAAGCAAAACCGCCAGAAAUCAAAAAAGAAAAGAAAAAAAUAGAUGGUAUUUCGGAAAUACCAGCCGAAACAGUUAAUGAAACUUUAAAGUCUGUAGAAACAAAAACAUCAACAGCACCUAAAAAAAUUGUUAAGAAAGAACAUCGUAAAUCAGAUACACAUGUAGUUGAAGCUCUAGGUCCUGCACUAUUUUCCACUCCAGAUAUAAUAAGACGAGUUGGUUCAACUGAAAUAAAAGCUUCAGAUUCUCCUGUUGCACAUCUUACAGUUGCGAGUGUUAGUAAUACUAAUGUAAAUGCAUCUAUAGUUAAUACUGUUACCAGCGUUUCUACAACAUUAAGUACUACCAAUACUACACUAGUCUCAACAACUGCUGGAAAUAUAUUAGAUGGCUCAAUUGAGACUAAUAUUAUUACGAAUAAUGCAUCAAAUACUACACUAUCAAAUAAACUUGAUGAUCAUUCUUUGUUAAUACCGGAUAAUUUGGUUGACGAUAAAAUAGAUGAUAAAACUACAAUUGCAGACUUAUUGCAACCAGCUUUAGAUUCUGCUUCUAAAUCAACUACAUCUCAGGAAACACCUCAGACAGUGGAACAAAAUAAUUCAAAACAAAUUGUUUCUGAGACUGGUAUUGAAGGGGAUGAUCACUUGUUAGCUACAUUAGGUAUGGAUCCUGCCAAGCAGUUACCAAAUGAUGAAGAAUUGUUGGCAGAGGCUUUAUUGUCAACAUUAGGUGUUGAUUUGGAUCAAAGUGGACUAGUUGAUCCUACAGCAGAUUUACCAGAACCUAUUUUGUCUUCUUCUGUAAUAGAGCCGUCCCAACCUCUAUCAGUAGAACCUACAACAAUUAAGACUGAUUUCCCACAGACUGCAGUACUUCGAGAAGUUACAGCAUCAUCAAUUUCAAGAACUGAACCAGUACAGAAAAAGGAUACAAAAGAGCCGAUUCAAAUUAUUAGAGGAGGAAGAGUAAUAACUUUACCACCAAUAGAAGCUCCAGCUACUAGAAGCAAGAGGUUGCAGACAAGAGCAGAAAAUCAAGUCAAAGUUGAAAAGAAAUCACAUUUUGAACAUCAGUUUUCAAAAACUGAAUCUGCUGUUACACCUGUGAAAAGUGAAAGAACACCGAGAACGUCGACGCAUGUUAGUUUUCAUAAACAAGAUAUGAUCUAUAAUAUGGAUGAUGAGGAAGAAGAAGAAGAAGAAGAAGAAGAAGAACCGAAUUCGGAUUCUGAAGAUGAUCCUAACAGAUUAUGGUGCAUUUGCAGACAACCUCAUAAUAAUCGAUUUAUGAUAUGCUGUGAUAUGUGUCAAGAUUGGUUUCAUGGAAAAUGUGUUCAUGUUACAAAGGCUAUGGGCGAGCAAAUGGAAAGUCAAGGCAUUGAAUGGGUUUGUCCUAAUUGUUCUAAGAAAAAGAGCGAAGAAAGUAAACCUAAGUUAGGUUCAAGACGACAGAGAAAUAGCGUGGAUGCCGCAUUAGGCGAAAAAAAUCGAACGCCAACUAUUUCAAACGUCUCAAAUAAGCCUGAAAUCAAAGCCACACAUAACACGGGAAAAAAUCCUAGCACUUCAUCAGGAGUAACACACUGUGUAGUUUGUAAAAAGGAAGCGAGAAAAUCAAGCAUUUACUGUUCUGAUGCGUGUAUAUUAGCUCAUGCUGAAACGACAUCAACUAAACCUGCUUCUUCAUCACAAGUUAAAACGCCCAAAGUAGAUGGAGCUAAGCUUAAAUCAGACGCUAGAAUUGUUGUCUUUGAUAAAAGGACUGGGAAAGUCAUUACAGGUGCGGAUGCGCCAACAGCGUCGAAUUUACGGGCCUGGCUGAAAGAACAUCCAACAUGCGAGGUGGUCAAACCUAAUAAUUUAAAUACAAUACAACUAUCAGGAAAAACUGUUGCGGCCAUUCAAACUCAAGGAAUUAAGAUUAAUAAACCAGUGCAAGGCAAAUCUGUAGGACAAGCUAAAAUGAUCUAUACCAAAAUGCCAGGCUCAAAGCAAACUGUAUUGGCUGCUAGUAUAAAGAAAAAUACAUCAACAUCGGAUGCCCCAUUGAGUUCUGCUGCUUCACCUCAACAACGUCAGAAGCAAGUACCUGUUAAACUUCUAAAACAAACAACCAUUAAAACUUUACCGCAGACUCAACAACAGCCGCAACCACCGCAGCAGCAACCCAUUCAGCAACCAACUCCACAGAAACCAAUUGCUACAUCAACACCAUUGAAGCCAACAGUUUCCAGAAAAUCGCAAGAAGUAGUUAAAUCGGCAACUCCUCAGCAAAAACAGCAGCAAACUCCACCUCCGAAAAAGCCUGAAGCAGAGCAACUCAGAUUAACUGUGCGGAAGACACUGGCUGAUGUACUCAUCGCUCGAAUAAAAGAAGCGAAAGAUCUUAACUUGAGCGAAGAAGAAAUUAUCGAAGUAGCUUUACAAAUUGAGCUUGAAAUGUACAAGUUCUUCAAAGACACAGGUUCGAAGUACAAGGCUAAAUAUCGCAGUCUGGUUUUCAAUGUCAAAGAUCCGAAGAAUCUGACUCUGUUCCGAAAAAUUGCUGACCAUUCUUUAACUGCCGAAGCUGUAGUAAAACUAAGUCCCGAGGAAAUGGCUAGUCAAGAAUUAGCCGAGUGGCGCGAGAAAGAAACGAAGCAUCAGCUUGAAAUGAUUAAGAAGAACGAACUGGACAUGAUGGCUCAGGCGAAAUCUAUUGUUGUAAAGACGCAUAAGGGCGAGCAAAUCAUCGAAAACGAUGGAGGCAUUGAGAGCAUCGAUUUGAAGACUCCCGUUCAAGAUAUUGUUACAGCAUUGAACAGCGGAGACACUACACCAGAAGACAAUAACAAAUUGAGAGAGGACGAGGCAACGUUCAGCAAGUUUCUCGACGGAGAUGAUAAGAAAAAGAAGAAGAAAGAGAAAGAUCGAGAUCGAGAAAAGCGUCGAGACAGGUCGCGCGAUCAAGACAGCAAAGAUGGCAGUAAACGCGAUAGGAGUCGAAGCAAAAGUAGGCAUCGGCAUCGCGAAAGAAGCAGAGACAGAAAGUCGAAGAAGGAAAAGCAUAAGGGCAGGGAUCGCACAAGAGACAAGGAUCAUGAUAAGAGUAGGCAUCGCGAUAAGAAGAAAGACAAAGAUGACGACAGAAAGGACAAGCACAAGCGAAGUCGCAGCAGCUCCAGAAGUCACAGCAAGACCAGGUACAAGGAUCACAAAGACAAACACAAACAGAAGGAGGAGGAGAAAAAGAAAGAGGCUAGCGCGAAGGGUGAAAGUAGCGUAGUCAACGUGGACAAAUCGAUAGAGGAGAGGCUAUGGAGGCACAUAGAGGAUGAAACAACCACCAAUACCUUGGAUGGCAACGAUUCCGACAUAUCAGACCGAGAACCAAGCUCAACCGUGACCAUUAAAACACCCGAUAUCAACGAAGAGCUCGACAAGGACUUUGACUUGAAUCUCAUGGAAGUACAAAGUAACGAGACAAUAACCAAGGGAGUGAUGACCGUGUGGCGUGGUAUCGUACACAUGGCGGACGUUGCCAAGUUUUCCGUAACAGCGCAGAAUGUCAGUGGCAACUCGAAGGAACUAAUGGAAGAACUGCCCGGUACACUCGAUGUGGUCGGCAGAAUAAGCCCAACAACGGUCUGGGAUUACAUAGCCAAAAUGAGGAAACAUCCCAAUAAGGAGAUAGUGAUCAUUAAGCUAACGGCGACGAAUGACGAGGAAAAGAUUCCCUACAUAACGCUGUACAGUUACUUGAACAGCCGCAGUCGACUAGGUGUAGUUGGUAGCAUGUCGUCGCCGAUCAAAGACUUUUAUAUUAUGCCUUUCUCCCACAAUAGUAUGCUGCCUUCGGUGCUUAUGCCUAUCGAUGGACCUGGCUUCGAGGAGAAUCGCCAAACCUUGCUGCUGGGCAUUAUGGUUGUGCAUAGCCGGACGAAGCGCCUUGCCAGUGUGCCACCACCACUUACGCCCAUCCCGACCAAAAUUAUACGCAAAGAGCAGAUAACGGGCGACAGAAGUUACACACCUCCGCCACCUCUGCAUUUGCUGCCCGGCAGUGUCAAAGAUGACGAUCAGGAUUCUAAGCAAAGUCUCUCGGUUAUAUCUAAGAUCGUGCCUGAGCUGUCUUCGAAGAUCACACUCGAGUCAUCCUCCUCGUCGGACAAGAUGCAUCUCAAUGACGACGACGACGAGCCCUACAGUCCAGGCGAGCCCGUCGACCUGCCACUCGAUGAUGACGAUGAGGAUGCUCUCUCGUCCUCCUCGAGCAUCAAGAUGACACAGAUUACUACGGAAACUUCUAUCUCGUUUACCACGGUCGUCGCUGUUUCGCCAUCCAAGAGCUCCACUGAGCUCCAACGCAAAAUGGAAGAGCUCAGCAGACAAAUCGAGGAGGAAAAGAUGCAAAUUCAGAACAUUAGCUCAUCUUUUCUCGGUGAUUCGUCGACUACUCUACCGGGUUUGGGACUUGAUCCACCGGAUAGCAAUGAUGCAGGGGAAGCCUACAGCCCUAGUGAUACAAGGUCUUUCACUCCACCUCCACAAGGCAUACCAAAAUUGAGUCAGCCUAUUCUCGAAAAAGUUUCAAACAUUACAAUUCCACCAAAUCUCCAAGAAAUUUUAGCAAAUGUCAAACGCCAAGAAAGUUCAAAAGUGGAUCCAUAUCUGCCAUCAAAACCUGGUGCAACAUUUUUAACGUCAAACAAUUCAUCUUCAUAUUCACCAACUUACAAUAGAACCACCACUGGAAAAUCAAGUUCAGACGUGCAAUCUUCUCCUCGUAAAGAGACAAAAAGUACUUUAAGUUCAUUGAGUGAUUACGAUUUGAUGAAAAAGGCCGAAGAAGAACUAGCAGCACUUGCAGCUGCUGAUGCAGCAUCUGCUCCACUACCUAUGGCAGAACCAGUCAGUAGCGAACCUCCACCUCCUGGGACUUCGUUUGAAUCGCCUCACCGAUAGAGUGUUAAAUGAAGUGAUGCUUUAUUCAGAUUUCAGAUAAACAUUGGCAUGUGUAAAAUAAGGCAUUGACUUCUAAUUUUAGUGUCUUGCGUACAAAAACAGACUAAAAAUUUGUGACUGUAAAAUGCAGCGUGUUGGUAUAUGGUAAAUAGUAGAGUUAGUACAUAAGAUGAGAAAAAAAAUCACUUUUAUCACAAAUUGAGAAAUUGUUUUUCAAUUUAUUUUGUAUUUAGAGAAAAUGUACUAUGUUAAAUAUCAGUUUUUAUUUAACUGAUUCUUUUAAGAAAAAGCAUUUCUAUUGUAUAUAUUAAUAAGCAAAAGAAACAGUGCUUAAAUGAUCUUUAAGUAUUUGAUAAGAAACUUGAACUUUUUUCUAAAUAUCAACAGGUGAAAAUUAACGUGUAAUGAAGAGUCGAAAAUCAGUUUUUAUGAUUAUUCUAUAUUAUUUUCAUUUGUAUUUUGUAAUGAAAGCGAUCAUACCUUGUAAUAAACUGAAUUUUUUUUCAAUAUUUAUAUUUUGUUUUGACAAAAAUCUUCGCGUGUACAAAAAUUUCUAAUAAGAUAUGAUAAUAUUUAAAUUUAGUUGAAAAAAAAUUUACUUUAUUCCAUGUAAAUUGACUGUAAAAACUUUUUUAUUUUAAUUCAAAUAUGA